AUGAUUCUUAGUGGUCUAAGGCUAAAUGAGGAAAAAACCGAGCUGCUUCUACUCAGUUCAUGUUAUCGGCCCAGUCCUUCAUUGGAAUUUGUUCGUGUUGGGGGUGACAGUUCGUUAUCUUGGAGUGAUACUCGAUCCCAGUGCUGAUAUUGAAGACCACAUUAAAAAGAUAUGCAAGACGUCAUUUCCAUUUAACUAAUAUUAGUAGGAUAAGAACAUGUAUUUGGAUCGUGAAUCUACUGAAGCAAUUAUUCAUGCUUUCGUGACUACCAACUUGGAUUACUGUCAGUAAUGCGAUUCUAUAUGGACUAUCUAAAGUUCUCUUAAACCGUCUACAGCUAGUUCACAAAUAGAGCAGCGCGUAUCGUAACAUUCACCAAGAAGUAUGAACAUAUAGCACCCAGCUUAAUAGACUUACAUUGGUUGCCUGUUGAAUAUCGUAUUAUUGAUAAAAUCUCAUUGUUAUUAUAUAAGGCUAUCAAUGGAUUUUUACAGAAGCAUAUAACCCCGAAGCGUCUAAAGCGUCUAAUCAGCAAAAUGCGUUUGCAGCCUCUUUGACCGACAAAGAUCAUCCGCAGGCUACUAGCUGCAAACCUAUCUACCACGCCAAACCAGUUAUCUGUAGCUUCUGUUCUCAUUCAGCAAAACCAGCAUGGCCACUACAAACAAAAUGAUAUGGCAAACUUUGCAUGAACCUUGUACAAGGCGUCGACCAUGUCGGAACGGAAUCUUUUUUUGUGAGUGUAGAUCUUUUAAUUCAUUCAGAACAGUACGCGAACAAAAGUAUGGCAGUUUUGAUUAAACGUACUUUUCUAAACUGCGACCAAGUCAGCAGCCGUUUUACAGAAUAUUCAGGUAAACUAACAUUUUACACAUUAUGCUCAAGUAAAGUACGAUAUUGAAAGGAAAUUUAUGUAUUUACAAAAAAUCGGGAAAUGCGCCCGAUCUGAGACAGAUAAUUUGUGCUCAGCCGAUUUUACUUGUGGGAACGGAUCCUGAAGUUAUGGGUUUUCGAAUAAAAAUUUUCAUGAAACAAUUUGUCUGUUUAUUGUUUUCUGUUUGUCCAUUCAUAGCAUUAGUUGAAAACAUGAUCUCCGCAUCUAAGUCUUUAAUAUUAACUUGUGUUUCAUCCUUCUUAUUCAGUGUCUUAUUACACGCAUCACUUCUCCGAAGGUGUACUUUCCAGUUCGGCAAGUAGUGAAUUUUUUUUAUAUAUGUGUUACUAGUUAUUCUAGAUAGAUAGUAAGUGGUUUUUGAAAGGUUAUUUGCGCUAAUGGUCAGGCAAAACCCGUUUUUGAAGUAACAACUUUAAGAAAUCGCUUCUCUUUUACCGGUAAUACGGUGCAUGUCAUUGGUAGCGACUUUGUCUUGUUAGGAGGAACUAACUCAGUCUUGGUCAUUUGAUGAUUAAUACUGUAUUCCGUUUUUUGUCAAAUGUUACCUCGUAAAACAGUAAAUGCUUUUUGCACCGCAUCAUUUACGUCGCGAUACAAGUUUUCCUUUAGAGCACUCGCACGACAAUCUCGUUUAUCAGUAAUUCCAUAUUAGGAAGUAAAUUUUGAUUGGUUCCCUAAAAAACCCGAGCAUUGCGGCAAAGUUAUACGCUUCGGGGUUAUAUGCUUCUGAUUUUCACCGAGUUAUAUAUCCAAUUUGCUCAGUUUUUGUAACAGCUCGUUCUCUUUGGUUCUUGCUCGAAUAAGUUACUUUAAGUCCCAAGAACUAAGCUUAAGUCUUACGGUGAUCGAAGAUUUUCUAUUGCAGGACCUAAAUUAUGGAACAGCAUACCAGCACCUUUAA